AUGUUCCGGUGGCUGACUCGAGCUCACUCCUUGGCUGACUCCGACCGCACCGCCACCUGGCUUUCAGUAAGCCACUCCGCCAUAUUGUACAGCUCGAGUUUUGCGUUCUCUGCCCAUGGUCACUCUCGGCUAAACCCCGAGGAAUUUUUCUUACAAUUUGAGAAGAUUGCAGAAAGCUUAGACUGGCCUGAAGAGAGCUGGGCUGUGAUCAUUCAAACAGCUUUUACUGGACAAGCUAAGAGAGUGUUCACUAAUUUACCAAAAGAGAUAUGUAAAGAUUAUGAUGCUGUGAAAAAUAUAAUUCUUCAAGCUUAUGAUUUAGUCCCAGAAGCUUACAGACAGAAGUUUCGAAAUCUAAGAAAAUUGGAGUCACAGACUUACAUAGAAUAUGCUGCUGAGAAAGAGAGGCUGUUACAACGCUGGUUGAGAUCUAGAAAUGUCCAGACAUUCACUGAUUUAAAAGAGUUGAUAUUAUUAGAGGAGUUUAAGCGCUCUGUCAGUGUUGAUAUAAAAUUGUUUUUAGAUGAACGAGAAGUGACCACUUUAAGUAAAGCAGCAAUACUUGCUGACAAUUUUUCAUUAACUCAUAGUAGACGCAAAACUCAGAGUUAUCUUUGUGCUGGCAGGAAGUCAGGAGGUAGUGAAGAGUCAGGUGAUCAGGGUGCUAGACCUAGUAAAAUUGUUAAAUCUGCUCAAGGGAAAAAUAAAAUAGGAGGAGACAAAAUUGAUUCUUCAGUAACUUGUUUUUAUUGCAAACAACGUGGCCAUGUAAUCGCUGUGUGCCCUAAAUUAGCUGCUAAAAAUGUUGCUAAGGGAGUGACUUCGCUUACUGUUGAUUUAGUGGAAGAGACUGAUGUUUAUACCUUCAAUGAUGUUAAGUCUGAUAUUUUUGAGCCGUUUAUUUUCACGGGAUCAGUUGCAAGUGACAUGUCCUCAGAUAAGAGUUACCCUGUUCGGAUAUUGAGGGAUACCGCUUCUUCCCAGAGUGUAUUAGUUAAGGCGUCUAUGCCUUUCGUGGAGAAUUCGUACACUGGGGAAUUCGUAGUCAUUCGGGGUUUUGGAGGGACCGUCACUCUCCCGUUAGCACGGAUAUUUUUGCGAUCAGACUUGGUUGAUAGACACAUCACAGUUGGAGUUCACGACUAUCCUCUACCUGUGAGUAGAGCAACUUUGUUGCAAGGGAAUGACGUAGCUGGCGAAUGCGUUGUACCUGACCCGAUUGUACGCCCUGUACCGUCCGGAGUGAACCCCACAGAAUCCCUCGAGAAUGAGUAUCCGUAUCUCUUUCCCUCGAGAAUGAGUAUCCGUAUCUCUUUCCCUCGUGCGCAGUGA